AUGAACCAGAAGCGAUGCGAAGGCGGGAAGCAUCAAACAGUUGAUGCGAACAUACGUCGCUUCCCGAUGGGUGGCAGCCCUCAGGCCUCACAACUGCAACAAAUGUUGCCCCAUGCCUCCGUUAGGGCUGCGUGCUCACCGGGCUUCUUCCCACCUGCCCCGAUGUACGGUCAUCCACUUCCGAUGCCCGGUGGUGUUUGGUGGCCGCCCGUUUUGUUGCCACGUGCUCCAGUUCAGCAGGAGUUCACCAAUUCCUUACCUAGGGGAAAUGAUUCUCGACAAAAGUGCGAGAAUAUGCCUGCGUCCGAUAACUCCGACACAAAGCGCGGCGUGUUGGACAUUGUCGACAAUCAAAAAGGUAUUGGAUUCCCUGAGAAUUUUAAGCGUCUGAAAAAGCACCUUCAAAGUAUGGUAAAGGCCUUUGUGGACGAUCCCACCGCUCAUGAGCUCUCGUUCCCCCCAACACUGUCUGCUGCAGGUCGCCAGCAGGUGCAUAAGUUCGCCCACACUUUUGGUUUAUUCCAUAAAUCUUCAGGGUCGCAGAACGAGCGUUUCCUGACGCUAAGAAAAUUCAACAAAACGAGCGAAGAACAGGGAAGGCAAUUUUUGAUUGCUAACGGGGUUCGAGUGAGGACAGAGGGUUACCAAGGGGCUCAGAGGCUUCCUGAUGAAUACAUCAGACCUAAAGUUUCGAACAUCAAUCUAUUGGUGGGGCCACUCCUUAAGCGGAUGUUCCGCGACUUGAAGCUGAGGGGAGAGCAGCGCCAGGGGGGUCGACAGUUAACCGUCGUGCAACCCGGGUUGGGGAACGUCCCGACUAGCAAAGUGCCCCGCCACCGGUAUGCGGAGUUGCAAAGGUUCCGGGUAACAUUGCCUGCUUUCCGACAACAGGGCGCUAUUCUCAAUGCUGUAAAGAUAAGCGAUAUCGUUGUCAUUAGUGGUGACACAGGAUGCGGUAAAACUACUCAAAUACCUCAAAUGUUGUACGAUGCAGGGAUAUUCAACAAAGAUCUACAGAUAGUGUGUACCCAACCGCGAAGGGUCAGCGCCCUUUCCGUUGCACAGCGGGUGUCUGAGGAGCGUGGUGAAGCGUGUGGAAACAGUUGUGGAUAUAUCAUCCGAUUUGACAACAUAACAAGCAGUGAAACGAGAAUUGUUUACAUGACCACUGGAAUCCUCCUGCGUCGUCUACGCACGGAUCCACAGCUUUCCGAUGUCUCUUGUCUCAUUGUGGAUGAGGUGCACGAAAGGGACGUCGAAACAGAUUUUUGCUUGUUACUUCUCCGCGACCGAAUUAUUGAUCAGCGGCGGAAUCCAGGGGCCUAUGCAAACCACAUAAAGGUAGUCGUCAUGUCCGCCACAAUACAAGUUGAGAAAAUAAUAUCGUACUUUUCAGGCGUUACCGUUGGUGAAACAAUACCAGUUAUCAAGAUACCAGGGACACUGCAUCCCGUGAGAGAAUGUUACAUGGAAGAUGUCUUACAGUGGCUCCAAAUGCCACUUUCAACACUUGCUUCUAUGAAAUUGCCAAAUAAUGCACUUUCAAUGCAGAGUACGGGUAACAAUACUGAAGAUAUGGCAAAGCGCUCGGUGUACGAAAAGAUAAAAGAAGCCGUUGACACGAAACUGGGCUUUGACUCACAGGCCCAUGUACCGUACGACAUAGUGGUUAAGCUUAUAGGACAUAUUCACAGAAGUUCCCAACAUCUGUCAGAGAGUAUACUUGUUUUCCUUCCGGGGUGGCAGGCCAUAUCUCGUGUGGCAAACAUGAUUCGAAUGUCAAAUGUGUCCAGGGAGUUGUCCGUCCUACAGCUGCAUUCUAGUCUGACCGCGGAAGAACAACGGCGGGUGUUUUACCGUGCCCCCAAAGGCUACCGGAAGGUAGUGCUUUCAACUAACAUAGCCGAGACGAGUAUAACAAUUGACGACAUCGUCUAUGUUGUUGACAGUUGCCUCACGAAAGUUUCAUCUUACGAUCCCGCAGCAAACACGUCGGCCUUAACAGCAGAAUUCAUUAGCCGAGCCAACGGCUUGCAACGUCGUGGUAGAGCCGGGCGUUGCCGACCAGGUGUGUGUAUUCACCUCCUUCCGCGGUCAUCCUAUGAGGCUUUACCUGAGUUUCUCCCACCGGAAAUAAUGAGAACCCCCUUGGAGGAAGUUUGCCUGCUUGCAAAGGCUUUAAGACCAGAGGAAACGUGCGUAGAGGUUCUCAGCCGUGCACUUGACGUGCCCUCAGAAUAUUCAACAAAACAUGCCACUAAUUUCUUGAAGGAUAUUGGUGCGUUCACGCCUGAAGCUGAACAGUUGACGAGUCUUGGUAGAGCGCUGUCAAGGUUGCCUGUUCAUCCGUUAUUGGGCAAAAUGCUGCUCGCUGCUGCCUGUUUUGGUGUUUUGGAUCCGGUUGCGACAAUCGCGGCCUUCCUUUCGGGGAAAUCACCCUUUUUAAAUACACCCAAUCAAAGGGGUGACCUCCAGAAAGCGGUUGACGCCAUUGACAACGGUUUUCUUUCGGACCACAUGUCCGUCCUUAAACUCUUUGAUGGGUGGAAACGUUCUGGGUGCAGCCCAGAAUAUGCAAUACAUAAUUUCGCUGAUCAAGCGGUGCUGCGGUCCAUAAGUCGCACGAAAAACCAGCUGCUACGUUUUGUUGAGAACUCUGCGUUGCUACGGAGGACGAAAAAUCCAGUGAAAUUUGCUUCUCGACAUUCUGACAAUCUAGGAUUGAUCCGCUUGGUCGUUCUUUGGUCGCUUUAUCCACGGAUCGCUUCUUUGGAGUACCGGAGUAAAAGGAGUGGAGGCCAACCCGAGAUUAUUUGUUGGGAUGACAAGCAUUGUCAACUAGCGGCAACAUCUGUGUUGGCAAGGAAAAGGCAGAAUAAAUAUGGAGACCGGGCAUUUAUAUUUUUUAACGAACGUAUGUUCCUUGAGACCAACCUCACGAUAUUUGAUGCCACAGCGGUGACCCCCGUAGAGCUCGCCUUAUGUCUCCGUGAGCUUACCGUCAAGUCGGUAAAAGAAAUUCCACCAUCACUUUUUACAGAUCAUGAAAGUAGGAUGACGCCUGUUUUUCCUUAUGUGCCAAACGGGGAAAAGGAAAGUGAAAACAUGGCGGCGCUAUUUUUCGACAAUUGUAAGAAGAUGUAUUUGACGAAUGUUGAUGUGGCAACCUGCCUUCGAGAUGUUCGUGAGUGCAUGGACUAUUACCUCGCCCUCUCAAUAAAUAGGGUGCGGGCAGACCUGUUUCCGGAGGAGCUGUCAUGCGCCAUCGCAUAUGCUAUAGGAUAUCCUCUGGCGAGUUUCAAAAGCGGAAACACGGUGGUAGGUGACAGUUCUGAGAGUGAAUUUUCGGAAACCGGUGAGCAAGCGGGGUCGUCGAGGGUGAUGGAAGGUGGUAAUAUACACGUGGAAGCUGACUCUUGCAGUGAUAGUAGUGGGGACAUUCCGGAAAUGGUGAUCGAUGAAUUUGAAAACUUCGACUUGACGGAUGCAGAGAUGAGGCAAAUUUCCAUCUCUCUUGGAAACUUAGCAGUCUUCAACCGCUAUACCGCCAGCCAUCAAUUCUUAUCGGCCGAGACGACUGCUACGCGUGGAGAAGGCGAACACGACGCAGUGGCUGGAGGGGGUCAAAAACGUGUUGAAUAUGGUGAAAGUCAAGGACCUGAGGCUACAGGUGAGAGUGAGGGCAACGCACCGGUCACUGAAGAAGGAGGUUUUGUCACUAGAGACGAGGAAGCGCCGGACACUGCGCAGGAGUGA